AUGCCUAUAUUUAGCGGACGUUGUUGUAGUACUGCAAAAUUAGUUGGAAAAACAGCGAUCGUUACCGGGUGUAAUACUGGUAUUGGAAAAGAAACUGUUUUAGAUUUUUAUAAAAGAGGAGCCAAAAUUAUUAUGGCUUGCAGAAGUACUGAAAAAGCUGAAGCUGCUAAAUAUGAUAUUGAACAAAAAUGUAAAGAUUUAUCAGAAAAGGGUGAUAUUGUUAUUGAAAAAUGUGAUUUAUCAUCACUGAAAUCUGUGAGAGAAUUUUCAAAAAAAAUUCUAAAUUCAGAGCCACAAAUAAAUAUUCUCGUGAACAAUGCAGGGGUAAUGAUGUGUCCGAAGGGAUUUACGGAGGAUGGGUUUGAAACACAAUUUGGUACAAAUCAUUUAGCCCACUUUCUAUUGACAAUGUUGCUCUUACCUCGUUUAAGAAAUAGUACUCCAGCAAGAAUUGUGACGGUUUCAUCCAGUGCUCACACGAGGUAUGGUAUAAAUUUUGAUGAUUUAAACUAUGAAAAAAGGCAAUAUAGUGCAGCAGAAGCAUAUUCGCAAAGCAAAAUAGCCAAUGUCUUAUUUUCUAGAGAAUUGGCUAAUAAGCUAAAGGAGAAUAAUAUUGACGGUGUAAACACAUACUGCCUUCAUCCAGGAGUAAUAAGAACUGAGCUCGGCCGUCAUUUGGACAGUGUACUGUUCAAAGGAUCAAGAAGAAUGAUAGGACUCGUGUUAUAUCCCUUCAUGAAGACUCCAGAGCAGGGUGCUCAGACAAAUAUUUAUUGCUCCGUUGAUGAGAAAUGUGCAAAUGAGACUGGCUUAUAUUAUUGUGAUUGUGCCGUUACCAAUCCAGACAGAAAGGCGCUUAAUGAUGAAUAUGCAAAGAAAUUAUGGGAGAAAUCUGUAGAAUUUGUCAAGUUGGGUGAUUACAAUCCUUUUACAGCACCUGACCCAGGAGUCAAAAACUGAACAAAUCAUCGAUUUAAUGACUAAGCAGUUUUAAAUAUAUAUAUUUAGACACAUUGCACUACCUCGUUAAAGAUAUAUAACUUAUGUUCGGUCUAUUGCUGAAUAUUUAGGUAUUCCCUCACACCUAAACAUUAUCACACAAAUGAGAUGAAUGUUGAUGAGCUCAUAUAAUUGUAAGAAUGGUAAAAUAUGCACUGAAGUAAAAUGCACGCUUUGGCCUAAUUUAUUAAGCUCGACCCCAUAGGUGUGCUAUAUUGGUUACUUACUUAAAUAUUAAUUAUUUUUACAAAUGUAUUAAAGACUAUUUACACUUUCUUUUUGUUGUACACUAUUUGUACACUUUUUCCUAACUUUACGAAACUAAAUUGAAGUUUUUCUACUUAAUAAAUUUAAUACUAAUGU